AACCACCACCAUGAUCAGAACCUUCACCCGUUUCCUCACCCAGGACCUCAGAGCCGGUAAGGGCGUCUGGACAGACUUCACGUCACGUGCAGAGUCUCUCAAGGCCCAGCUGCCUCACCAGCUCGCUCCCACACCCCCCAACAAAAAGGUGUACCACUCCCCACCCUUGAUCAACGAAACUUUCCAACAGGCCUAUGAACUUUUACAACAAGAAAGCGCCAACAUCUACAAAACCGCCCAAAGUGAAUCCGAUCCUGCUGUAAAAGACAAGCUCUUGGCGAUGGCUGAGGCCAAAAACCCCGAGGUUUUGUACAAUAUGCACCGUUAUCCUCAAUCGUUGGAUUUGUCUCAACCAGUAUAUAGAAACUUUGCCCGUAAGCAAUGGGAAGGCCACGAUUUAUUGGUGUUGAUGCAGAGACUCGAACAGUUGAAGGUCAUUCCCGACACAAUGCCGACGUUGGUCCCCAAAGUGGAUGUGAAAAUCAAGUUUCCUCAUAACACCACCUCCGAAUUCAGCGGUUGGAUCACCCCUGGUGAGAUCUUACCAGCGUUUGCUGUGAGCCAGCCACCAGUGAUCCAAGUGCAACACUUUGAUCACGGCGACGUUCAUGCGGUCAGAAAGUACACGGUUUUGGUGGUGAAUCCCGAUGAGCCGGACUUAACCACCAAUUCUUUCAGGACCACCUUGAACUACGGUGUGGCCAACAUUGGUCUUUCGUUGGAAGACAAUACGUUGGAUGUGGGUAAGUACUUGGCGGAGCAGUUAUCUGUAUUCCGUGAAUACGAGCCGCUUGUGCCUGAAGUGAAUAGCGGAAACUACCAACGAGCCUGUUUGUGGUUGUUUGCACAAAAGGAUAAUGCUGAUAUAUCAGUGGACACAAAUGCGUUUAACUCGCAGAACUUUGAUAUUAGGCAGUUCAGCGAGUCGUACGGCUUGGAGGCGGUUGGAGCCCAUGUGUGGAGACAGGUGUUUGACCGGCUGGUGAAUAGAGUGAGAGAGCAGUACGGGCUCCCUCUGGGCCGUGUGUUCCACCGAGUGAGAAAAGCCCAUCCUUUGAUUUAGACUUGUAAAUAGACAAUUACGUUAUUCUGUAAAG